AUGCUGUCAAGCCUGCCUUCUGCCCUGGGUGGCCGAGCUCCGGUCUUGCUCCGACAUGGCCAUCGCAUCCCUCGAACUUUCUCUUCACCCGCCAGGACGCUCACCACGGCUUCUUCGAGUUCACCCGGCCGUGCUCUACUCCAGACGAAGCUGCAGCAAUCUAAAAGACUGGGCACCAUUUCCAUUGUCAGACCCUAUAGCGCCUCAGCUGCUGAUUCAGCUCCUAAUCCCAAAGCUUACAUCAACAGCGGCAUUAUCAAACCUCAACAAGAUGUCCAUGUCAAGAAGGUCCUUGUCAUCGGCAGUGGCGGCCUUGCCAUCGGUCAAGCCGGUGAAUUUGACUACUCAGGCUCACAAGCAUUGAAGGCUCUAAAAGAGGCUGGAGUAGCCUCCGUACUCAUCAACCCAAACAUCGCCACAAUCCAAACGAACCAUACCCUUGCCGACGAAGUAUACUAUCUGCCCGUCACCCCUGAGUAUGUCAGCUACGUCAUCGAGAAGGAGAAACCCGAUGGAAUAUUUUUGUCCUUUGGUGGGCAGACUGCUCUGAACUUGGGCGUUCAGAUGCAGCGCCUGGGCCUCUUCGAAAAGUACGGCGUCAAGGUUCUCGGUACCAGUGUUAGAACUCUGGAAGUUUCAGAGGACCGAGACCUAUUUGCCAAAGCCUUGGAGGAGAUCAACAUUCCCAUCGCCCAGUCCAUUGCUGUUGGAACAGUCGACGAGGCUCUGGACGCCGCUGAAAAGGUCGGCUAUCCUAUUAUUGUUCGCGCUGCCUACGCUUUGGGAGGCCUGGGUUCGGGAUUCGCCAACAACCCGGAAGAGCUUCGUAACAUGGCAGCUCGCUCAUUGACUUUGUCCCCUCAGAUCCUGGUCGAAAAGUCUCUCAAGGGCUGGAAGGAAGUCGAAUACGAGGUGGUGCGAGACGCGAACAACAACUGUAUUACCGUGUGCAACAUGGAAAACUUUGAUCCCCUUGGCAUUCACACUGGUGACUCGAUUGUCGUUGCCCCUUCUCAGACCUUGAGCGACGAGGAGUACCAUAUGCUCCGGUCUGCUGCUAUCAAGAUUGUAAGACAUCUUGGUGUUGUCGGAGAAUGCAACGUCCAGUACGCCCUGCAGCCUGAUGGCCUGGAUUACCGGGUCAUCGAAGUCAAUGCUCGUCUCUCUCGAUCCUCUGCCUUGGCAUCCAAAGCAACCGGCUACCCUCUGGCCUAUACGGCCGCCAAGAUUGGUCUGGGUCACAGUCUGCCUGAACUUCCCAACGCCGUUACCAAAACCACCACGGCCAAUUUCGAGCCCUCCCUGGACUACAUCGUCACAAAGAUCCCUCGCUGGGAUCUGUCCAAGUUUCAGCACGUCAAGCGCGAUAUUGGCAGCGCCAUGAAGUCAGUUGGUGAGGUCAUGGCCAUUGGCAGAACUUUUGAAGAGUCGUUCCAGAAAGCCAUUCGUCAGGUUGAUCCCCGAUUCGUGGGCUUCCAAGGCGAUCGCUUCGAGGACCUGGACUUUGAGCUGCAAAACCCUACCGACCGCCGAUGGCUAGCUGUUGGCCAGGCCAUGCUCCACGAGAACUACUCGGUCGAGAAGGUCCAUGAGCUGACCAAGAUUGACAAGUGGUUCCUGUACAAGCUCCAGAACAUUGUUGACUGCACGCGCGAGCUCCAGGCGGUUGGCAGUUUGAAGGCUCUGAAAAAGGACCAGAUCCUCAAGGCCAAGAAGAUGGGCUUCUCCGAUCGACAAAUCGCCUUGGCCGUCAACAGCACCGAAGAUGAGGUUCGUGCUUACAGAUUGAGCUUCAACAUCCACCCCUGGGUCAAGAAGAUUGAUACUCUGGCCGCCGAAUUCCCCGCCGAUACCAACUACCUGUACACGACCUACAACGGCUCCUCACACGACGUCACCUUUGACGACCAUGGCAAGGUGAUACUCGGAAGCGGUGUAUACCGUAUCGGCUCCUCUGUCGAGUUUGAUUGGUGUGCUGUCGGUGCCACUCAGGCUCUUCGCGAGAUGGGAGAAAAGACCGUCAUGAUAAACUAUAAUCCCGAGACAAUGUCCACUGAUAGCGACGUUGUCGACAAACUGUACUUUGAAGAACUCAGCUACGAGCGUGUAAUGGACAUUUAUGAUCUGGAAGGUUCGAGUGGCAUCGUGGUGUCAGUGGGCGGGCAGUUGCCUCAGAAUAUCGCGCUGCGCUUACAGGAAGCUGGCGGGGCCAAGGUUCUCGGAACUGACCCGAGAGACAUUGACAAGGCCGAAGAUCGCCAAAAGUUCUCCGAGAUUCUCGACAGCAUAGGCGUGGAUCAGCCGGCGUGGAAGGAACUCACCUCGGUCCAGGCUGCGGAGCAGUUCGCCGACGAGGUUGGCUAUCCAGUGCUCGUCCGUCCCAGCUACGUCCUGUCCGGUGCUGCCAUGACGGUCAUCCGGAGUCGGGAAGACCUCAAGGAGAAGCUCGAAGCCGCCAGCAGCGUGUCUCCUGACCACCCCGUUGUCAUCACCAAGUUCAUCGAAGGCGCGCAGGAGAUUGAUGUGGAUGCUGUCGCGUCCAAGGGCGAGCUGGUUGUCCACGCCGUCAGCGAGCACGUGGAGCAGGCGGGUGUUCACUCUGGCGACGCGACCCUGGUUCUGCCGCCCGCCAGCCUGGACGCGGCCGUCAUGGAACGCAUCAAGGAGAUUGCCAAAAAGGUGGCCAAGGCGUGGAACAUCACCGGGCCCUUCAACAUGCAAAUCAUCAAGGCCGACGACGCCCAGGCGGGCGAGCCUGCUCUCAAGGUCAUCGAGUGCAAUCUCCGGGCCUCCCGCUCCUUCCCCUUCAUCAGCAAGGUCCUGGGUCUCAACUUCAUCGACGUGGCCAUGAAGGCGCUCGUUGGCAAGGAUGUGCCCCAGCCCACGGACCUCAUGGCCGUCAAGCGCGACUACUUGGCCACCAAGGUGCCCCAGUUCUCCUGGACGCGCCUGGCCGGCGCCGACCCUUUUCUCGGCGUCGAAAUGGCUUCGACCGGCGAAAUGGCUUGUUUCGGCAAGGACCUUGUCGAGGCGUACUGGACGUCGGUCCAGUCCGCCAUGAACUUCCGCAUGCCCGAGCCCGGCGAGGGUCUCCUGCUGGGCGGCGACGUCACCAAGACUUGGCUGACCCAGGUUGUCGACUACGUCGCUCCGCUGGGCUACAAGCUGUACGCCGCCAGCAACGAGGUGAAGCAGUUCAUCGAGUCUACGGCCAAGGGCAACGUCGAGGUCGAGGUCAUUGAGUUCCCCAGGGAGGACAAGCGCGCCCUGCGAGAGGUUUUCAAAAGGUACGACAUCCGCGGAUGCUUCAACCUGGCGGUGGCCCGCGGCAAGACCACCCUCGACGUCGACUACGUCAUGCGCCGAAACGCCGUCGAUUUCGGCGUCCCUCUCUUUAUGGAGCCUCAGACCGCCAUCCUUUUUGCUCAAUGCAUGAGUGAGAAGCUCCCGCGCAAGGAGGGCAUUCCCUCGGAAGUCCGCCGAUGGUCCGACUUUAUCGGUGGCAAACCGCUGUAG